AUGAAGAAUCUCAAAAAAAUAUUGCUUUGUUUGCUCAUUUCCUUAAAUUCAACGAUAAUAUAUUGUUCUCCUUCAUCAAAUAAAUGUGUUGAUUUAAUAAAAGAUUGUGAAAAAAGGUGUAAAAUCAAAAUUUUAUCGCCUAUAUGCGAUCCAAAUACUUUUACUGUAAAUUGUCCAUGCGAUAAUAUUCCAAACUUAAAUUUGCGAAACACACCUCAGCAAUCCUCCCUACCUUCUCAACCAACACCUCCGGUAGGACCUACUGGUCCUUCAAAUGAAAACGGUACUAUCACACCAGGAACCGCAGGUAUAGGAGGGACCGCAGGAAACGCUGGGUUGCCCGGACAACCAGGCAAGCCUGGAACGAAUGGAAAUAACGGAAAUAAUAAUCCUGGUGAUAGUUAUAAUCCUCCUGAUACAAGCACUUCAAAUUCAAUGUCAACAUCACCUAUUUCACCUCCUAAUCCAUCAACAACAAACACCUCUGGCCAAUCCGAUGAUCGUAGUGGUGUAAAAAUAGCUGCAGGAAUUGUAGGUUCAAUAAUCUCAUUACUCAUUGCUGCAGGAAUAAUAAUAUAUUAUCGUCGUAAACGUGAAAAGUCCAAAGAAAAUUCUACUGAGUUAUCCAUAACGAUAAAUGAUGAAUCUGAUAUGAUCUCAAAUGUUGCUACGGCUGCAAAAAGUGCUGAUGAUAAUAAUAUAGAAAUUCAAGUACGACAAUCGGUUUGA